AACAAACAAGAAAGCAGAAAGAAAAGAAAAUCCUCUUCCGAAAAGUGUUCACAUUUCUCUGUGACCAAACGAUCGACCGGUUUAGGGUUGGAGCAGAAAAGCUUCCCUAUCUGUUACAGGCGCAUCCAUGGAUGCUCACGGCGAGCGCCUCCAAAGCCAGCUCAACGGCCUCAGCCAUGGGGUGGCUGGUUUGAGAACCAGUUUAAGCAACCUCAAAGAUCAUCUACUCGUCACCGCCACCGAAAAUCAAACAUUUCUCAAAAAAACCGUCACAAAUCUACUCACCGGGACCAAAUUGGGCGCUUUCUUUGCCCCACUCACCACAACAGACGACGAUCCAAUCGAAGAUUGCUUGAGCGGAUACGGUAAGCCUCCAAGCGAACGGGCCACGUAUACGGAGGAAUUCGUGGAAGAAACCAAUUCGGAAUGGUAUAUGACCUUGCCCAUCUUUCCGAAGUUUGCACAAAGGCUAGACGGAUAUGAAAAUCAAUUGAAAUCGUCUUUGGAAGGUCAAGGCAUAAACUGGAAAGUAGAUUAUCGUCAGGUCCCUCCUUCAAUGACAGUUUCAACCACUAGUGAGGACCCACAUAUUGCUAACAAGGCUUGUCAAAUUCUUAAACUCUUGGCAUAUACUACUGUUGACCCAUCACUGAUAUUAGAGAUAGUUGAUGGAAGCAUGGAACAUGUUCACAUUGGAUUUCUUCAUCUGAACCAAAAAUUUAAAAUUGAGAAGAAGGUAAAAUUGAAAUGGGACGAACUUUCCAGGCGCUCCAUCAAGAAAAUGGCCAAGAUGACACGGUGUAAACUUUUCCUUAACAAUUGCACGCUCACUGCUGUGGGUACAUCAGAUGGAUUGGAGAUGUUGAGGACAAUGGUGGAAGGCAUCUUUCUCCAUGGUGUUGAUCUUGCACAAACUGUGAAGAUUGAAUGUAAGGAAUCAAACGAUACUGUCGAGAAGAGUCUUGCGGAAAGUAGCAUGUGCUCUUUCACUGAAUACUAUGGUGAAGACAGGGCAAAAAGGGUGCAAGAUGUUUGGCCUAUGGUGAAAUCGUUUUUACAGGAGAACGGCAUUUCAUGCGAAAUGAGUGCGUGUAACCGUUCCAUGAAAGUCUCAACAACCACAAAGAUCAAGGACCGAGAUCGUAUCGUCAGGGCCAGGCGUCUUCUUGAACUGCUAGGAAGAACUAACGUUCCACCUUCCCUUGCGAUAGAAAUUAUGAACGGCCGUAAGCAGCAUAUCUUUAUGAAGAUUGGGCAGCAAGAAGGUGGGCUAUGCUCAAGGUUUGGGAUCGAGAAGGUGGAGUACGAAGAUCGGCUUCGGAGAUUUUGUGCCUCUAUAGAGGAGAUUAUUGGCUUGACAGGCACCAAUCUUUAUCACAAUGAAGACACUGUUACUCUUGUUGGGGGCGCUGUUGGUCAAUCUGAAGACUUGGAGAUGGCGAGGAUCUUUGUGGAAGGCUAUAUUGUUCAUAAUGUUGAGGGUGAUUGCAUCACAAAGCUGAACCUGAUGAAGUCUGAAAAAAGAAAAGAUAGAGGAGGAGAUGACGCUUUAGCAACUUGUCCAUGUAAGAAAAACAAAAACUGAAGAUGUGAGGGAGUAGUUGUAUUAUGUGGGAAAUUUUUAGUUGUGAUGGGAAUACGGAUGGUACAUCACGUGUUUUUAUGCAAGUGGAAAAUUUUAAUUUUUAAGUUAUUAACCUUUUAACAUACAUAACCCACCAUUUAUAGAAGAACAUGUGGUGUACCAUCUAGUGUGAUGGUCAUACUGAAAAGUCUACAUAUUAUGCUUUAUGGAGUGCGGGCGGCAUCUUGAUAUUUUUGUAAUAAAUUUAAGAGGAAUUGUACCGAACUGAAUUGUUGAUAUUUUUCAAUUCCGAUUCUAUUUGAGAGUGGAA